GCUCAAUCGAAAACGGGAAUAAAAUAAAAUUUCUGCUGUAAUUUUUUUCAAGAAAUCAGAGAUCGAGAUGUUCGAAGGAGCGACGAUCUGCAGCAGGAGAGAUCGAUCCCUGGAUCCCAGCGGGCUGGCUAGUAUCUGGCCCAAUUAUUUCCCCGACAUCGAUCUCUCGACCGGCGACCCUAGGUUUAAGCUCGUCGGCAAGCUCGCCGAAUUUUUAUCGAAUCGGCAAGCUGAUGGUAUCUUAUCUCAGGUGCAAGAUGACAAUGGCACCUUUUUUCUACCAGUUGAUAUCCAACACCUUCAGAAAAUAUGUAACAUUGCUGACUUCUAUGGCACUUUGGAGAAAGCACCGAAGGAAGCACUCUCAUGCAUGGGUGCUGCGGUUCACACAGCUCUAUUGUUAAAGGAAAAAGACUUCCAGUUCGAGGGUGUAGAGAAGAUAAACAUUAGACUUUAUAACUACACUGACUCGAUGAUCGCUCUGAAGAAUUUGAAAGCUGCUUAUAUUGGUAGGCUUGUGUCAGUGCGAGGCACGGUAGUCAAAGUCAGCACUGUCAGACCACUCGUUUUGCAAAUGGAGUUUGAAUGUGGGAAGUGCGGAACUAAUGUUCCACGUAUAUUUCCUGAUGGAAAAUUUUCACCACCAACAAGCUGUGUUAUGUAUGGAUGCAAAAGCAAAAAUUUUCUGCCAAUCAGAUCUAGUGCAAAACCAAUAGAUUUCCAAAAAAUAAGGCUACAGGAGAUGCUGAAAUCUGAAAGUCAUGAAGAAGGUCGGGUUCCUAGAACUGUAGAAUGUGAGUUGGCUGAAGAUCUUGUUGAUGCUUGCAUACCUGGGGAUGUUGUGACAGUAACUGGAGUUAUAAAAGUAAUUAACAAUUAUAUGGAUAUCGGUGGAGGGAAGUCUAAGGGUAAGAACCAAGGCUUGUACUAUCUAUAUCUGGAAGCAGUUUCAAUUAGAAACUCCAAGUCCCAAUCUGUUUCUGAAGACUUUCAAGUGGCGAAUUCCCAGGCCAGAGACAAGAUGUUGUUUGAUUUUCUUUCUUUUACAUCUAAAGAUUUAGAGUUUAUUGUUAAGUUCUCAGAGGAGUAUGGUUCAGAUAUAUUCCGCCAGAUACUUCAGUCUUUGUGCCCCUCAAUUUAUGGACAGGAACUUGUCAAAGCUGGGCUUACACUUGCUCUGUUUGGAGGUGUGCAAAAACACUCAAUGGAUCAGAAUAAAGUUCCUGUUCGAGGGGACAUCCAUGUCAUUAUAGUUGGUGACCCUGGACUGGGUAAGAGCCAACUUCUCCAGGCAGCAGCAGCUCUUUCUCCACGAGGAAUAUAUGUGUGUGGCAAUGCUACAACAAAAGCUGGUCUCACUGUUGCUGUUGUCAAGGAUCACAUGACAAGUGAUUACGCAUUUGAGGCUGGUGCAAUGGUCCUUGCUGACCGUGGAUUAUGUUGCAUUGAUGAGUUUGACAAAAUGUCUGCAGAGCACCAGGCUUUGCUGGAGGCCAUGGAGCAGCAGCGUGUCUCAGUUGCAAAGGCUGGAUUAGUUGCGAGUUUAUCAGCACGCACUUCUGUGUUAGCUGCGGCAAACCCAGUCGGUGGUCACUAUAACCGUGCAAAAACUGUGAAUGAGAACCUGAAAAUGAGUGCUGCGCUGUUAUCACGUUUUGACUUGGUUUUUAUAUUACUUGAUAAACCGGAUGAAGUUCUGGACAAGCGCGUAUCUGACCAUAUAAUGGCACUUCACACGGGAAAUGGAGAUCAUUUGUUACCUAACAAGAAGCUGCGCAGAGCUUUUGACUGUAAUGGAGAUAAUGAUUUUGGAGUGAAGAAGGGUUCUUUGGUUUCACAGCUGAGACUGGACCCACAGAAGGACAAGGACUUUGUUCCAUUACCUGGCCCUCUUCUUCGCAAGUAUAUUGCAUAUGCAAGAAAUUUCAUCUUCCCCAAGAUGUCUAGACCAGCAGCUGAGAUCUUACAGAAGUUUUAUUUGCGGUUAAGAGACCAUAAUACGUCAGCUGAUGGCACGCCUAUUACUGCAAGACAGUUAGAAAGCCUAGUACGGUUAGCUGAAGCCCGUGCUCGUGUGGAUCUCAGAGAAGAAAUAACUGCCCAAGAUGCUAUGGAUGUGGUUGAGAUAAUGAAAGAGUCAUUGUAUGACAAAUAUGUAGAUGAGCACGGUUUUGUAGACUUUGCCAGGAGCGGAGGCAUGAGCCAACAGAAGGAAGCAAAAAGAUUUUUAAGUGCUCUCAAUAAACAAUCUGAGUUGCAGCAGAAAGAUUGCUUCUCAAUUUCUGAGAUUUACAGUUUGGCAGAUAGGAUCAGCUUGAGAGUUCCUGACAUGGACACAUUCGUGGAGAACUUGAACAGUGUUGGCUAUCUACUUAAGAAAGGCCCAAAAAUGUAUCAGGUCUUGUCAUCCUCCUAUUCUCGUAGUCAACCAACAAGGUCUAGGUGUUAACAAUUGUAUGACAAAGAGGCAACUAUCAGUAAACUAAUGGCUUCCCGCCGUUAUCUUCUGAUAUUUCGGUGCAUUGAUACUUGUAUGAUUAUGAUUAUGGUUCAUCAAUUAAAUGAUGGAUAACAAUGUGAUUCUACUUCUAUGAAAUAUAAAGAUGCCAAUGUACGUGCUUUGUGCAGGCGAAAUGACA